AUGUCUGUAUCUGUUUCACAAGAUUACGUUGACGACGGUGUCAGCUUCGAGUCGUUUGGUUUAGACGCGCGUCUAAUUCAGGCCAUCAACAAGUUGGGCUUUGAGCAUCCGACGUUGAUCCAGAGUCAGUCGAUCAAGCUUUCUUUGGAGGAGCGUAAGGAUAUCAUUGCGAGAGCGUCCACUGGUUCGGGAAAGACGGCAGCUUAUUGUAUUCCGAUUGUGCAGUCGAUACUGACGACGGUCGAGGCGGCCAAUGGCGUGCAGACGUUGAUUUUGGUGCCGACCAAGGAGCUGAGUAACCAGGUGACCGAGUUUCUGGGCCAGUUGACGGUCUUUUGUGGCCGCAGUGUCCGUGUUUUGAACCUGAACGACACGGUAAGCGACCAGGUGCAGACCCAGCUGGUCAAAGAGGGCCGCGAGGUGUUUGUGAGCACGCCGGCCAAGCUUGUUUCUGUUUUGGAGAAGAAUAAGAGUCUGGAGCUGUCGAAUCUGCGGUUUUUGGUGAUUGACGAGGUGGACCUGAUGGUGAGUUAUGGAUACAAGGACGACCUGGAGAAGUUGAAGGAGUUUCUGGGGAUGAAGGCCAACACACAGGUGUUUUUAAUGAGUGCCACGUUGAACGAGGAGGUGACUGAAUUGAAGGAGAAGUUCUGCAACAAGCCUGCUAUUUUGAAGCUCGAGGACAUCGACAACGACAAACGGCAGUUGGUGCAGUAUUACAUCAAGACGAGCGAGCUGGACAAGUUUCUGUUGAUCUAUGUGAUCUUGAAGCUCGGCUUGAUCAAGGGCAAGAUCCUGUUGUUUGUGAACGAGCUGGACAGAGGAUACAAGUUGAAACUGUUUCUGCAGAACUUUGGCAUCAAGUCGUGUUUGUUGAACUCGGAGCUGCCGUUGAAUUCGCGGUUGCACAUUGUUGAGGAGUUCAACAAGAACGUGUACAAUCUGCUGAUUGCCACGGACGAGUCGAACGGCGAGGAGACCAGCGGGGAGGUUGGUGUUUCGCGAGGCGUGGACUUCAAGAACGUUGCAUGUGUGCUGAACUUUGAUCUGCCAACGUCGUCCAAGACGUAUGUGCACAGGGUGGGGAGAACUGCGCGUGGAGGGAAAAGCGGGAUGGCGUUGUCGUUUGUGGUUGCUGCGAAGGAGUGGGGCAAGCACAAGGCGUCGAGUCUGGCCAGUGCGCGGCGUGACGAGAAAGUGCUUGCUCGUAUUGAGCGGUCGCAGAGCAGGCUCGGGUUCGAACUGAAGCCGUACCAGUUCAACAUGAAGCAGGUCGAAGCGUUCAGAUACAGAAUGGAGGACUCGUUCCGGUCGAUCACGCGGGCUGCUGUGCGCGACGCGCGGCUGAAGGAGAUCAAGCAGGAACUGAUGGCCUCGGAGAAGUUGAAGCGUCACUUUGAGGAAAACCCGCAGGACCUGGUCACUUUGCGGCACGACAAGGACCUGGCCAGUGUGCGUGCGGACGCGCAUCUGAAACGGGUCCCUGCGUACUUGUUACCUGAAGGGGCCCGUCCCGAGGAGAAGAAGCUUGGGUUUGUUCCGUUCAACAAGGUCCGCAAGGGACGCGGCCGCAAACAUGGCAAGAAGGUCGACGUUCUUAAAGGCGUCUCGAAAAGAAGACGUACCAAGUAA